CCCGCCCCCACGGGCCCGCCCGAAGGCUUAAACCGCAGCCCCGCGGCGCGCAGGGCGUUGAGGCCGGCGCCAACAGCCGGCGAUGCGGGGCGUGAGGUCGCGGCAUGGAGGGGCCGGCCUAACUGGGGCCCGUGGCCCUAUGUCUUUUGGCUACGACGCGGGUCCUGUGCACGCUGCGGGGCCGCAGCCGCUGGGCGGUGGGCGCCCGAGGGGCCUUGAGGCGAGCCGGAGCCCCCAGGCGGGUGUGGGCAUCGUGUCCGCAACCAGCUUCCCCGAGGCCGCGCUCGGGCCAUGAUCACUCGGUGAAGCUGCGCCGGGACAGCGCGGCCGACUUCUCGCGCUGUGAGGACCUGUGUGCGCUGCAGGACUCGCUGCCUCUGCCCGCCGUGCGCGCUUUCCUGCGGGAGGGUCUGCUGGACUUAACGCCGACCGCCUCCGCGGGGUGGACUGGAUGCCGCUCCUGAGCACCCUCUGCCCCUGAUCUGUAUCCAGAGCUUCUUCCAGCCAUGGCUUGGUGAGACAGUAUCAGACUACCAGAAGGCAUGAAGAAACCUGGGCUGAGAGUCUUCGUUCCAGGAGACCUGAUCUUGACUGUAUGGCUGGUUUGAGGCGCAUCACUCUGAACUGCAACACGCUCAUUGGUGACCUGGGUGCAAGUGCUUUGGCAGAAUCUCUUAGUGAGGAUUUAUGGCUUAGAGGCUUGGCCGCAAAGAAACCUGUAAGUAAUGGAAGGAAACACUCUGCUGGUAAAGAAUGUUAUGCUCCUGAACCUCUACCACCUGGUGUGUCUGGUUUCCUGCCGUGGCGUACUGCAGACGUGCAAAAAGGAACAGGGGCUUUCCAUUCAUCAAAGCUCGUGAUGUAUAUAAUAAGUUGCAGGUCCAUCAGAAUUUCCUGUGACUGUGAGAGUAGAGAGUCCUUCCUCCUCAGAAAUCGAAGAGGUCGAAGAUUCCUCAGAAAGUGUUCAGGAAGAGCCAGAGAAAAUCAGUUUGAAACAAGAAGCAUUGCAGGAAAAACUGGAGGAGUGCCUAAAGCAGUUAAAGGAGGAAAGAGUAAUAAGACUGAAGGCUGAUAAAUGAGUCAGUGAGGCUUGGGCAGCUGGCCACAAUGGCUGGUAUAGAUCAGUCAGAUUUUCAUUUACUAGGUGGUCC